AAGCAGUUGUGUUAAGCAAUUAUUUGGAAGCUUUUCAUUUCAUCUGAGUAAUAUGGCAGUCGAAUGUUGUUUAGCCCCGCAGUCUUGAUUAUAACUAGCAUUUUGGGUUAGACUUGAAAUUUGGCAUAGUCUUUGCAUUCAAACAGGCAAUUUUACUUUUUUUAAGAUGAAGAGCAUUUACUAUUGCUUUUCUGUACUAUAUUUUCCAUUUCAAAACUGUUUAUACGUCUUGUUUAUGCGCCUUUAUACGCCUUACCUAUAUUCUUUUAUAUGAUUUGCUUUGCGUAUUGUGAUUACAUCGAAAUACCAUAUGAUUAUCUGAAAUUAAGUAUGUCCUUUAACCGUCAACUGCCCAUUCUUUCAUCGGAAUUAGUGGAUGUAUUUUCAAUGAAUAUUUUUGUAUUUUCAAUUAAUAUUUUCAACUUUUCCUAGAAACGUUUCCUUAUUAGCACAUUAACUAAUGGUUCCAUAUAUAAUCUAUGUUUGUUUUCCAUGGUACCAUAAGCUUAAAAUGAGCGAGUGGGUCGUCAAGACCAUCGCUGUUCUUGUACAUUUAAUGUGAGACUGAAUUGAUUGGCGAAUAAGAUUCAUCUGUUUGCGAAGUUGCGUUUGUCAUAUAGAGUUAUACUCCGUAGGUACACUCCGCCCAUGUUGGAUUAACCAUCUCCUGGAAUUUGUUUUAAAUUUUAAUGUUGGUUUUUAUUGUUAAUCCUUACUGCUAGAAUGCUAAACUAUUCUGAUAUGCCCUCUUACCUAACAUUUCUUAUGCUUAUGGGUAGGUAUGGUUAUAUUAAGUUUGUUGAUUUUCAAUAUGAGUGGCUUUAACAUGUCCACAACAAGUAACGAAUGGUCAUGAAAAGCACGAGGAUUGCAUGUUAAUUUCUAUUUCUUCCCAAAAGUAUCACAUGUCAUGAUCGGCGAUGUAAACAAACUGAGGCAUUCUUAUGAUGUGGCAUGUCGAGUAUGGUGUGUACAGUGGAAUCAUGCUGGUACGACACUUGCAAGCUGUGGUGAUGAUAAAACAAUCAAGCUAUGGAAACGCAUCGAUGAUGCGCCGUAUUUGGUGUAUUCUGGAACAAUAAGCGGAUCUCAUAAUAGAGCUAUUCGACACGUUGCAUUUUCACCAAAUGAUAAAUUCUUGGCUUCGGCUGGUUUUGAUGCAGCUAUCGUUGUACAUCAAUUAUACAAUAAUGAUUACGAAGAAAUAAAUCGUUUGGAAGGACAUGAGAAUGAAGUGAAAUGUUGUGCGUUUUCACCAUCCGGUGAAUAUUUGGCAACUUGCAGUCGUGAUAAAUCAGUUUGGUUCUGGCAGUUAGACGAAAGUGAAGAUUUUGAGAUUGCAUCAAUUUUACAGUCUCACACGCAAGACGUCAAAUUUGUGGUAUGGCAUCCAGUUGAUGAGUUGCUGGUAUCAUGCAGCUAUGAUUGCUCCAUCCGAUUUUACCGUUUUGAUGGUGAGGAUUGGAUAACACAAGAAAAAAUCGACAAUGCACAUGAAUCAACCGUUUGGUCAGCUGAUUUCUCAGAUGAUGGUAACUUUCUCGCAACUGUAGGAGCUGAUUUUAAUAUCAAUAUUUGGAUGAGGCAGGAAAUGAAUUUAUCGGCAUCGAAAAGUAAGUGGAAUAAGGUAACGAGUGUAUGUGUGAAAACAAAAUGGCCUCUGUACACAGUUUCAUGGAAUAAAGUACAUGGUAUGAUUGCUGUCGGUGGAGGAGAUAACGAAAUAAGAUUGUACAGCCUAAAUAAUUCAACAGUUAGCCCAGUCCUAAAAGAAUGUGUUGGAAGCUAUAAACUUCCUUCAGAAAUCAACUGUUUGAAUUGGAAUCCUGUUGAAAGUAGCCUACUUACUGGUGCCACGGAUGAUGGUGAAAUUUGUGUGCUUCGAAUAAUUUUAUAACGUAUCGCUUAUGCUAUGGUCAUUUGACCGUUUAUUGCAUAUAUUUUUUGUCAUUGGGCAUCUCCCAUUGUUACUAUUGCUUAUUCUGUUCAUUCACGAUUUGAUCAUAUGUUUUGAUCUUGAUAAAGAUUUUGUCGAGGGUUCAAGUCGUUAGUAUUUUCCCAGGAACGUGAAGAAUCCGGAUGGGCAAGAUAUUUGAAGUUGUAUUCUUAGUAUUUGUUAAAUC